AUGCUGACAAUUUUGUUUUUAUUACCCAUCGUUGUCGGGGUAUUAAGCGGCAACAUCCCGGAACAGCCUCGAGUUUAUUGUGGGGAAUUGCCAAACACGAUAUACUCGUGUCUCGGCAACCCUAAGAUAAUUCAACCCGAAGUAUCGGAAAAAUGUAACAAACCUAUUUCCGAGUGCGACAAAACGAGAUGUAUCUUCAAGGAAUCCGGCUGGGCUAAGAACAACGUUAUAGACAAGAAGAAGGUUUCUGAUUAUUUCGAACAGUUCGCCAAGGAUAAUCCCGAUUGGUCUGCAGCGGUUCAGAACUUCAAGACAACUUGUUUAUCCGACAGUUUGAAGCCGCAGGGCGUUGAUACGAACUGUCCUGCGUACGACAUUAUACACUGUGCUCUGAUCAGCUUUAUCAAAUUCGCAUCUCCGUCCCAAUGGUCGACUUCGGAGCAGUGCGUGUAUCCGAGGCAGUACGCGGGCGCCUGUCCCGUCUGCCCUGAACGGUGCUUCGCCCCAUCAGUACCGAAUGGUUCGUGUAACGCGUGCCUCGCCCUGCCCCGCACGCCGUGAUCAUGUCUAGACGUCAGAACACCUUUCAGAACAAUGCAUAAAUGCAGCAAUCAAUUUCGAUAACAGUGUUUAAAUAAAAUAUUGACUUAAA